UCCCCAAAAAAUUACAGUUGUGUUUGUGUAGCUAACAGACCAGAAAUUUUGGAAAAAUUAUAACAAAAAUUUAGUGAAUUUACGGAUAUCGGCGGCGAGACAGCUUUCAAAACGUCGUGCUGUUCCCUCAGUCGGUUAUUCUUCAGACGCGGAUUUUCGAUAAACAGGAAUCCAAUUAGAAUGCCAACCGCAGGCGCAAUUAUUUGCUCCCCCGCUCAGCGACGCCCCUCCCCAUCCCUCGAUCCUGAAAACACAAAGCUUCCCUUACUCCACCAGCAACAACAACAACCACAACAUGUACAACAACAACAAGCAGAAGCACAUCAAACGAUGCUUAUUGAGGAUGAGGUCUACGGUGUCAUUGAAGUCCCCAGUCAUAUUAGAGAGAUAGUGGAGCACCCUAUUUUUCAGCGCCUAAAACAUGUUCAUCAGUUGGGACUCCUGCCGUGGUGCCUCGAUAAGGAGGCGAAUCACAAGAGAUACGAUCAUUGCCUGGGAGCCUACAGAAGUGCACAGGAUCACCUAAGGGCCAUAGAAAGGAAUUCCCACUACGAGCCAAAACUACCGGACUGGUGUCGCCAGGCGGUGGAGAUAGCCGCUCUCCUUCACGAUGUCGGACAUGGACCAAUGUCACAUGCUUGGGAGCUUGUGAACCCUCAAUUUGAUCACGAAGAAAACGCGAUGGCCUGUGUGGAUAUAAUUUUUAAUGAUGCCCUAAAUCAGGAGCUGGUUUCCUUGAGGGACGAUGGCAGUGGGCGAGGAGUUCAAUUGAUUAAGGCUUUGAUAAUAGGUUGCAGUGAUUCCCUAUCGUUUCCCAUGAUGGGACAUAACUACAUAUUUGAUAUUGUUCAUAACCGUCGCUGCGGAUUAGAUGUGGACAAGUGGGAUUAUCUGCGCCGUGAUAACAAGCGCUUGAAAAUACUUUCCUCAGCGGAAAUGAAUUUUGAUGAUGUUUUUCUUCAGGCUCGUAUAUCACCUGACGGCCAACGCAUAGAGUAUCGUUAUCAAGACUAUCAUCGCAUAUAUCGCUUGUUCGAGGCACGAUUCAGGCUGCAUGUUGCUGCCUACCAAUGCCCCAUCACAUGUGCCCUAGAUGCAAUAUUUGUCAAUGCAGUACAACGCCUGGCUCCUGAGCUAUUGAACAUUCGGUCGGAAGACCCUGAUUGGUUACAACUACACGAUGAUCAUAUUUUACAGUUAAUGGAAAUGGAUCCUGCAUCGCGAUAUAUAAAGGAGCCCCAACGAAUUGUAGAAGUAUCCGGCGAUGAUUGUUCCGGAUCGAAUAUCAUACGAGUGCAUAGAAAUAUACCUGGACCAUGGGACGCGAUGCAGUCAGGGGCUUUUGCUUUCUUUGGCAAUGAAAGAAAGAAACGUACAUUUAAUCCUUGGCUGAGCUCGACAAUAAUUGACAGGUGCUAUAAGUUGGAAUAAAAAUCUCAACCUGAAGGAUCCCAUUUCACAGAACAGAUUAUGUUUAAAGCGCCAACCAAACGUUUUUUUUUUGUUUUCCUUGCUUUUCGCUUUCUAUAUUUUUAAUAAACUAUAUUUCAUGACGUUAAAUUAAAACACUCUGGAGGUUGCGGUACGUCGCACACAUCGCAUAUUGUUAUCCAUUAUUAUGUUAUGUUUUAUCAAUUAUUUGAAGUUUUUUAUUUUAGUCUUAUGUGUUCCAUUUAAAAGUUGAAAAAGUAAAGACAGUGCAAAAACGAAGUGUUCUUAAAGUAUUCAUUUAUUAGUUUAUACAUUGUAUUAUCAUAAUCAGCUUAAAACUAAAAUACUAAAACAAAAAUUUCAACAGUUCACUUGAAGACAUCACAAUUCAAAUUCAGGUCUUUCUAACAUUAAGUACUUACUAAUCAAUAUAAAUAUAAGAAGGAUUUGUCAUAUUUUUGAUAACCAUUUUGAAAUAUACACAAGAGAAAACAA